AUGCUGGUUUUGGCCUUAUGUCAAGGGCUUUUAUUUAGCGUGGACGGCUUUGUUACGUCUUUACUGAAAUCACCUUUUAAUCAAAUGUGCUAUGCCAUUAAUAAAGCCGAAGGCAUUCCCGAUAAAAAAAAAGAUUAUAUAAUUACCAAAGCCACAGAGUCGAACGAGCAUUGUAAAGAAACCUUGAAAAAAUUUGGUAUAAUAACCAUUGUGGUUGAAUUAUCCAGAGUUUUUAUUCAAACUGAUAAGGAAAAUAGAGCUCUGCAAUACGAAAAUCUAAUGGUUUUAAGUUAUGUGAUUCCUUUGCUUUUUGCUGCUCUGGCCAUUUGGCUAAUUCACAAGGAGUUAAAAAAAAUUGAAAAACUAACUAACUCCGCUCAUGGUGGAAAACAAAAGGGUGAUGGAUUAAAACCUGACGAAUCAAUUUUUCGACCAGGAAAUUAUGACCCUUACCGACAAACCCAAAGAUUAGAUAUUUAUAGAAAAUAUAUAGAAAAAUUAUUAGUUGAAAAAAAAGCCUAUUAUUGCUUUUGCUCGCCUGCCGAAUUAGCCCAAGAAAAAGUCGAAUAUAUAAAAAAAAAUCAGAAAAGGAAUUACCAAUACUCACGAAAAUGCUGCCAAUUAAGCGAAAAAGAAGUUAAUUUUUUACUCCAAAAAAAUACUCCUUAUGUUUUACGCCUCAAAAUCCCCCAAGCAAAAAAAUACUCUUUUUGCGAUUUAGUGCGGGGAGAAAUUAAUUUUCAAGGUCAAGAUAUUGAGGAUUUUGUUCUUUGGCGCCAAAAUGGUAUGCCUAAUUAUAAUCUUGCUUGCGUAGUUGACGACUAUUUAAUGAAAAUUAGCCAUGUUUUGCGUGGUGAGGAACAUUUAUCUAAUACCGGCAAGCAAUUAGUUUUAUACGAAGCCUUGAAGUGA